UUUUCCUCUGGGCUGGGUCUCAUGUUCCUCAAUCUUCAUUCACAUCAGAAGGUUUUUGAACGGCAAAGCAGCAGCACGUUCUGGACGAUCACAUUCUGACGUAUCCAACACUUCACUGAGAAGAUGAGGCUUUGUUUUCUCUUCUGUGUUUUCUGUGUAAUUGUUCCCAUGAGCCUCAGUCAGCAGACAGGUCCCCCUGGUGAGAAAGGUGACAGAGGAUUUCCUGGAGUACCAGGAAGUAAGGGAGAAGCAGGAGUUCCUGGAUUUCCUGGAGUACCAGGAGAAAAGGGAUUACCUGGAUCACCGGGGCUUCCUGGACUUAAGGGAGAAUUUGGAAAUAUUGGAAUUCCUGGAUCUUCUGGAGUACCAGGGCCUCCUGGAAUAGAUGGACCACCUGGAAGACCUGGACCCGUCAUAGUGUGUGGACGAGAGCUCUUUAAAUCUUUCACACAGGAUGUUGAAGGACUGAUGAAGAUCACCGCUAAGCUGGACCUUGCUAUAACCUUUGAUCUUGUGCGGAAGGUGGGUCAGAAAUACUUUGUGUCCAACAAGGAGAGAGGAUCUUUCCAGAAGGCUGCAGAUUUCUGCCAGCAACGAGGCUUGGAGCUGGCUCUGCCCCAGAGUGAGGAGGAGAACCACAUGCUGCUUCAGCUGAUGGGUCAAGAUGAGAAAAGAGCCUGGAUCAACAUCAACAUGAGAAAGGCAGGAGGGAACUUCCUGUCCGACAUGAAAAAUCGACCUCUGACCUUUACCAAAUGGGGAGAAAGCCAGCCGGAUGAAAGCAUUCAGGACAGCGGCUGCAGCAUGGCAGCUGAGGACGGCACCUGGAGAGUGACAGCAGACUGUUCUCUGGACGCUGACAUCAUCUGUCAGCUGUAGGAAGAUCAUCCACCAGGCAGCUUCCUGAGUAAUCUAGAUAUCAUAUAGUCAUUGCUGAUGACGCAUUCAUUUUAUUUCUCGAUUUUUAAGGCAUCAAGAGGUAACGUUUGGCAUAAGCUUGUUUUGAAAUAAGGCUUACUCUAUGUCAAGUAUACGAUGUGACUUGUAUUAUUUGUUGUGAGUAACUUUUAUUAAGCUUGAGCAGCAAAGGCCUGUUGCAAUCGUAAAAUUUCUUAUUAUUUUUCUGCCAUUAUAUGCGGCCUUUUUUAGGCUUUAACAUAUUCAAAUACUCACCAAACUUCACCUGAAAUAGUGUCCCACUUGACGUAUUUGGAUUCCAAUGGAAUCUCAAGUGGGCGUGGCCAAACUGCUCUGCAGCGCCCCCUAAUGUGAGAUAGGACAAACCGUAGGUGGCAAAGACCUGAAAUUCUGUGCGUAGGCAUAUCCCUCCCCCAAAAUCAAGAAAAAAAAAAUCUCUUGAAGGUACCCCCUAAAAUGUACAGGGAGGUGGCCAUUUUGGUUCAAAGUGCAAAUUUUGGUCAUUUUCACGUCUAUACACCUUGAACUUUAUUGAACGCCUCCUUGGGAUUUUGAGGUAUUGGCUUCAUUUUUAGUCAGUAUGUAGUUACGGGAUGGGGGAGUAAAAGUUAUCAAAAUUGUGAGUUUUAGAGCAUGUUUAGGUGGCCAAGCAGCAAACUUGGCGUACUUACCAAACCAAAUAAAACACUAUAACUUUCACUCACAAUUGUCAAGCAACAACAAACUUGUAAUGAGUGAUCUGGGUUGAUGCCUGAUGAUCCUAUGCCGCCAUGUUCUGACGUCAUCAUUACAUUUUCUGAUCUAUAUUCUCCCCACCAACAUGAACUUCUGCAAAUUGAUUUAGCCAUUAGCUUCUGUCGAUUAGCUUAGUUACCAUCUGAUCUAUGCCACCUUUUAUCCAUCUAUUUUACUUUUUACUUCAUUCAUUGCUUUUGAUGUAAAGCUGGCUUGGAUUCUGAUGAAACCUCUGACUGUCACCUCCAAGUUCUUGAUGAAAUUUUGUUGUCAGAAAACAACAUAUUUUAGUGCUCUGUGAAGAACAUAUUUUCUACUACUUUUGAAGCAAUAUAAUUUUCCUGUUUCCGAA